AACAUGGAUAAGGACACAUGCUGGGGUGAAAAGCGUGUGGGGAAGUGUUUGGGGUCUAGACCUCAAAGCUGGAUGCUCAGGGUGUUUAGCAAUACAUUAAAGCCAGCUUCAGAGGUCCAAAAGCCCUACCAAAAACGCUAAAGCAUACAGCACAAAACACAAAUUCUCUAUAAUCUUGUUCUCCUGCUCAAAGAGCUGUGGUGGAGAAACUUUGCCUUUUAGCAAGCUUGUUCUGUCUGUGCCCCUCUAACUUUGUCGAGUACCAUCUACCAACUCAAGCUCCACAGCGGGUAUUCUGGCUGCUCUGAAAGAACAACCACAGGACCUCAGUGCCUCAUCUGGGUCAGAUCCAUGCUGCUGGCUGCUUUGGCAGCACCCACGUAGGUAGAAAGUGGUGAGGGGAACUGGCCUCAGGCUGAAAGCGUGCAUCUGCUUGGGGUCUGUCCCGAGUGAUGUGAACAGCACCUGUUGCAAGAGGCUUGGGAUCUCCUAACAGGUGCGGCCAGAAUGCUCCUGGCCCAUAGAGCUGGAGUGGGCAGAGAGAAGUAGCCAAGGAGCCUCUGCUAGGUCAGAGCAACACGCACACACACACAGCUUCCUUCACUGAUACAAGCUCAUGAGAUGUGGUCGGAGGGACCAGGAGGGGAAGGGAGGAGUCACAGGGCAACCCGCCCCCCCUAAAGCUGCUGCGAUUUUGGUCACUGGCUCCAAGUCGUUUCAGUUCUGUGAAGCAUCUGAGCAAGCAGAAGGCAAGAAGGAUCAACACCUUUGUGGAAAACACGUUGGGCUCUUCAGGAUGGACUUUUCUCCUGCUGGGUCAUCUGACCUGAGCGAGGCUGAAGAGGCUGAAAUAGAGACAAUAAAGCAGCACAGAGAGGAGCUCUUAGAGGACAUUAAGAAGUUGAAGGAACAGAUUGCUCAAGUGUUUGCAGAGAUUGAAUGCUUCCAAAAUGAAGAGAGGCAAGAGACAGACCAUAACCCUGGGGAGCAGACCAGAAAACUGUCACAGAGGGAUAAACUUCUUUCCCUGGGUCGGAAGAAAUUCAACAUGGACCCUGCAAAGGGGAUCCAGUACCUGAUUGAGCAACAGCUAUUGUCCUCAGACUUGCAGGAGAUUGCCAAAUUCCUCCACAAGGGUGAAGGCCUGAACAAGACAGCCAUUGGGGAUUACCUGGGUGGGAGGGACCCCACAAACAUUCAGAUCCUCCAAGCUUUCGUGGCAUGUCACCAGUUUGCCAAUCUCAACCUGGUACAGGCACUAAGACAGUUCCUAUGGAGCUUCCGGCUGCCUGGGGAAGCACAGAAGAUUGACCGUAUGAUGGAGGCCUUUGCCAACUGGUACUGCAAGUGUAACCCAGGAGUAUUCCAGUCCACAGAUACCUGUUACAUACUCUCCUUCUCUAUCAUCAUGCUUAACACUAGUCUGCACAAUCCCAAUGUGAAAGAUAAACCCCCCUUUGAAAGAUUUGUAUCCAUCAACCGAGGCAUUGACAAUGGAGCAGACCUGCCAGAAGAGCUCUUAAGGAAUCUGUUUGAGAGCAUAAAGAACGAGCCGUUCUCCAUACCAGAAGAUGAUGGGAAUGAUCUGACGCAUACUUUCUUCAACCCUAGCCGCGAGGGAUGGCUCCUGAAACUAGGAGGACGUGUGAAAACCUGGAAGCGUCGCUGGUUCAUUCUGACCGAUAACUGCCUGUACUACUUCGAAUACACCACGGACAAAGAGCCUCUGGGCAUUAUACCGCUGGAGAACUUAUCAGUCCGGAAGGUGGAUGACCCCAAAAAGCCAAACUGCUUCGAGCUCUUCAAUCCCAACUGCAAAGGGCAGAAGAUCAAAGCCUGCAAAACAGAUGGAGAUGGGAAGGUGGUUGAAGGCAAGCAUCAGUCCUACAAGAUCUCAGCAGCCACACCAGCAGAACGUGAUGAGUGGAUUGAGGCAAUAAGGACCAGCAUAACACAGGAUCCUUUCUAUGAUCUGGUCUCCGCCCGAAAGAAAAAGAUUGCCAACAAAAACUGAGCCCUGACCUGGUCACUGGCAGCAGGAAACUGUAUUUGUUGGGCAGCUUCCCUCUCACGUGGGGCACUUCCAGUGAAGAAAUUCAGAAGUAUUGGCUCCCUCUGCCUCCCACAUGGUAGGAAGAUGACUGACAGGACAACUUAGCAGAUUUGCUUCUUCCCUUUCCAGCCUGAAGGCAGAGGCACUGGGUGCAACCCGCUGAGGACGGUCCGACCUGUGGGCACAGCACUUCCCAUGUCGUAACACAAAGGCUCAACGGCCUUUGGUUUUCCGUAUAGCUCCAGGCAUGAAGGACAGGAUUUGAGGGGAGAAGAGAAUGUCUCCAGUACAUCUCUAGCCCGCAGGCAACCCCUCCAGCUAUCAGAUGAGGCUUGGUUACUUUUCUGAGGAACUAUGUGGGUGCUCUCAGGCCAGCAAAGUAUGGUUCAGUCAGUUACAGAGUAGAAAAGCUCCAUUGGUUUCUCUUCCUUGAGAGAAGUGCAGUGGUUAUGGUGAAGGUGUCACUGAUAUUUAAGAUCUCCAGGAUGAAAUCAGAGGACAAGGGAAAAUAAGAAGCCCUCUGUUCAGAAGAGAGCCCUCUUUACCUCUUCCUAUAGCCAUGAGGGCUGUAAUCCUGGAAAGUCCCUGCUCUGCAGCUGAGACAUAGGUUUUAGGAAGUAACUAUUGUUAGAUGGGGAGAUAAGGUGUAUGCUGAGUGUAUAGGGGCUGCUGGGCCAGGGAAGCAGCUCUGGGUCUUUGUCUCUCUGUUUUGAUACUCAGGGACCACCACAGGUCCCCCUAGGGAAGAACCCCAAACACUAGCUCUCCUCCUGGCUGAUGGCUUCCCAGCAAACUUUGCUUCCUUGCACCACCCCAGGGGCCCAGACCGUGUAUCUGAAAGGUCUGCAGCCAGCAGGCAUGACAAAUCAGAGGUGCAUAUGCACCACACGCAUACAGACAGGCAUGCACACACACAGAGGCAUUCCCACCUUCACAGACUGGUUUCACCUGGCGCCUGCUGGCUUUUGUCUCUUGUGUGAAGAAAUAAAAGUGUCUGAAACAAGCCGAAACCUCAGGGCAGCGCGAUCGUUUUCGUGAUAAAAGCAGAGGAUGUGAGAUGAGAUGUGUCGUGUUCCUGUGCGUAGCAAAGCAGCCGGAGCACCGCCGCAGCUCUGCAGUGCACCCAAGAUGCAGGAGGGCUGGGCGCUGGCACAGGCAGACAGCUCUUGGGAGGAGUAAAUGGGACAGGAGGAAAGGUGAAAAAGGGAAUGGAAACACUCUUUGCAAGCUGGGAAUGGCAUGGAUGCAAGUACUAGAGAGCCGCUACGGAAAAUUACACUUGCAGGGUUAAAGUCCUUCAUAAGCUAUGGCUAUUUUAUCCCUUACAUUUCAGGGCGCUCCUAGUAAAUACCAGGGCUCAAGUCUCUGCCUUUUUUCUUCCUGCAGAGGGCUCUAUCCACCAGGAAAUCCGCAGCAGGGCCUGCGCCGCCUGAUUAUUCAUUCCAGUUAUUUUUGCCUGAGCCACAGGAACGUUGAAUUAAUUUCGGGAGGCAGGGAGUGUGUCUCGGAGUUGAAGCACGCGCGCACCCUGGAGAAGGAACGUGAAGGUUUUCUUCUGCUCGCGCCUGCAAAUGUCUCCCGCGCUGAAUCUCUUUGUCACUGACGUGAUACGGAGUGAGUUUUUUGCCCACUGCUAUGCGGUACGUCCGCACACACACAUCCGCUCCCGCUCUGGGUGCAAUGCAGGAGGAAGGGUCACGGCCAGAGGUGGGAGGAGAAGUCAGAAUCUGGCCCCUCAUGCUGGCGACAUCUCCAGCAUGUAUAAAAAAAAAUGUACAAGAUGCCCCAGAGCCUAGGAUUUGGGUGAGAAAUGUCUAUUUUAGUGCCUCUCAGACUCUUGUUCUGUGUGCCAAAAGGCACCCAAAUGUAGCUCUUCUGCCCACAGUCUGGUUUUGGGAGAGGGAAUCCAGGCUAAGCUCUUCCUCGAGCUUACCUGGAUCAUUCAUUUGGCAGCAGACACUUCCCAAGCAAUUCCUGUUUCCAAAUUCCUGCAAUUCUCUUCAGGUUGCCUGUGUCCCUUCCUGUCCCUCCUUCCCCCAGAUGCCCACACUGAAAAAUAGAAUUAUUCCUAAUGGGGUGAGGGAGGACAACAUGUGAGAAGCAAAACAGAACACAAAGAAGGGCAGUUGUGUCAUUUCCAUCCAUCAAAAUAACCACAAGAGUGAGGUGAAGAUGGACCAGGUUUCCUCUCUCUUCAGAGGCUGAGGUAGGGAGACAGAAGCAGUAAGUUUGAGUGAACACAGUGGUACCUGGUGUUGCCCACCAGCAACGCAACACCUCUGCUCGCCGAGUGCUAUCCCAUACCUCAUGCCUGCUGAAUACCAAUGUGUCUGCAUGAGGAGGGAGCAAAAUGACAAAAAUUGGCCAGGGUGUCUCAGGCCAGAUCUAUAAAAUUUGGCAAUCCACUUGUGUCAGCGUGCCUUGGCAGCCACGCUUGGAGCUGUUGCAAACUCGUGAUGGGAACAACUUGUAUAACUGGAAUAGCACCACCGGGCAAUGAGUUGCUGCUGGUCACCAUCACAGAUUUCCUUCUCAGAGGGCACUACACACAGCUGCAUGCACACAAACAUACACAGAGACCUUCAGGUACUAAACCUGGCAGAUUGCUAUCUGUUGAUGUGUUCCUUUUUCUGCUCAUAGGCAGCACACAUGGGUCACACAGACAUGCAUGCAGAAGACUGGCGUUUAUUCUCUGUGUGCCCAAGGACUCCUGUGCACACCCACUAAUUUGUUUUCAUAAUAAAUGUCUGCUUUCACAAAA